AUGGCCGACGAUCCAGCGACACCAGCCUUAAACUUAAGUCCCGAGGAGAAGCGUGUCUUUGGACAAUUGUUUCGACAGGCAGAUACGGAAAGUAUUGGGGUUGUUACAGGAGAAGUCGCAGUCAAAUUCUUUGAGAAGACGAGAUUGGAACCUCGAAUUUUGGGAGAGAUAUGGCAGAUUGCAGAUAAGGAGAAUCGAGGGCUUUUGACGCCGGCGGGCUUUGGUAUCGUACUAAGAUUGAUUGGACAUUAUCAAGCUGGACGAGAUCCCACCCCUGAAUUAGCUCUACGCCCCGGACCACUACCAAAAUUCGAUGGAGGUUUAGGUAAUAUCAGCCCUACUGGUGGCUUUCAAGCUCCCCUUGGGCCUCCCCCUAGCGCCUUACAACCUCAACCCAGCGGAUCUGGUCCAAUUCGAGUCCCUCCUCUUCCCGCCGACAAAUCAUCACAAUAUGCACAACUUUUUGAGAAAUCAGGGGCUCAAGGAGGUAUUCUUCCAGGCGAACUUGCCAAACAGAUAUUCGAACGCGCUGGUCUACCGAAUGAGAUAUUAGGUAGGAUAUGGAAUUUGGCAGACACGGAACAACGAGGGGCUCUUACAUCUACCGAGUUCGUGAUUGCCAUGCACUUGAUCGCUUCGUUCAAAUCUGGACAACUACGAGCUUUGCCUAAUAUUCUUCCUGCUGGUCUGUAUGAAGCUGCUACACGAAGAGGACCUGCUAGUCGUCAAUCUACUGGCAAUGGAGCCAUGUCAGCAAUCCCAAGACAAUUCAGUGGGCAGCAUGGAAGAGCUAGCAGUCCCCUAAGUCGACCUGCAUUCACGCCUCCAAUCCCACAACCUAGCGCUGGAGAUUGGGCGAUUAGCCCAACAGAUAAACAGAAAUUCGAUUCUAUUUACCAAGGUCUUGACAGAUCUGGUAAGGGUUUUAUCACGGGAGAUGAAGCUGUACCAUUUUUCUCUGAAUCGAAACUUCCGGAGGAGGUGUUAGCACAAAUUUGGGAUCUUGCCGACAUAAAUUCAGCUGGUUUUCUUACCAUGGAUGAGUUUGCCGUGGCUAUGUACCUCAUCCGACAGCAGCGAGGUAAAAAGGACGGCAGAGAUUCGUUGCCAGCUACUUUACCCCCCAAUCUUAUCCCACCAAGCAUGCGAAACCAAGUUAGACCGGCACCCAUGACUACAGCUCCAGCUUUUGAAGCUCCUCCACCCACAAUGCCCAAGUCAGCUGCCGAGGACUUGUUUGGCCUAGAUGCGCUAUCAUCACCACCCCCUGCACCUAUUCAAGCACCACAAUUGACUGGAGGUUCUGCAUCUUUUGGUGGGAAUCGCCAAUUGAACACUGAUCCCUUCGGAAAUGGUGUUCGACCUUUGAGCCCAAGUUCUCCGAUUCAGGCAUCUCCACAACAUACGGGAUCUGUCUUUAAACCUUUUAUUCCAUCUUCUUCAUUCGGAAAUAGCCUUACUGCGCAAGGCACUGGAGGAUCUAACAACUCUCGAGGAUUUUCGCAGCAACCAUCAGCCAGCGAGGAUCUUCUUGGAGACAAUGAUCCGGAAAUUAGCAGCAAACUAACCAGCGAGACGGCUGAACUUGCAAACUUAUCUAACCAGGUUGGAAAUCUAGUGACACAAACGAAGCAAGUUCAGGAUCAGAGGAACGCAACACAGCAUGAAUUCACUCAAUCCGAUUCCCAGAGACAGCAAAUUGAGGCCCGUCUUGCUCAACUUAGAACAGCGUAUGAGCAAGAAGUUAAAGAUGUGCGAAGUUUAGAAGAGAGAUUGACUGCUUCGCGCAAUGAGACCAAAAAGCUUCAAACAGAAAGUGCUAUGCUUGAAGCGACCUUUGUGGAUCUUCAAACUCAACAUGGGCAGAUUGUUACAGCUCUGCAAGCUGAUCAACAGGAAAACGCCAGUUUGAAAGAGCGCAUGCGUGUUGUUAAUGCAGAAAUCGCACAGCUAAAGCCAUCGCUUGAGAAGUUAAGAUCCGAAGCACGUCAGCAGAAGGGUUUAGUCGCAAUUAAUAAGAAGCAAUUGGCAACUAAUGAAAGUGAACGAGACAAGCUGAAGGGUGAGGCUUCAGAUUUGACUAAAAGUAUUGAGGAAGACACUGCAACCCUUGCUGCAGCUGCUAGGGCUCGAAGCCAAAGCCCUGUUCAGGCUAGAGCACAGAGCCCAGUUUCGGUUGCAAGUCCAGCACCUUCUACUAUGAGCGCCAACAACCCAUUUUUUAAGCGCCAAGUAACUGGUGGAAGUAAUAAUGAUAUGGGCUCUCCUUUUGCUACCUCACCCGUGCAGCAGACCGACCGUUCAUUCGAGAAUGUAUUCGGCCCAGCAUUUACUUCUGGUCUUCCACAUCAAGAAACAGCAGCACCCGUCACUUCCUUUAAGCAAGAUCUCCCAACCCGACCACAAACAAGUGGUGGAUUUGCUACUCCAUCCCUUUCAGGCGAAGCACCCCCACCAAUGUCUGCAUCAAGACAGAUAAGCUCAAGCUACUUGCCAUUUCCAUCCCACGAUGAUUCUGUAAGCUCAUCGCGACAAGUUUCUGCCCCAAACAGCAGAUUUGGGGAUACUCCCACCGGAGUUGAUAACCCUACAAACUUUCUGGGAACCACUCCGAUCGGUUUCUCUUCCGCGAGCCAAGCCGAACCUGUUGUAACAUCCAGGGCCAUUUCUCCUGAUAUCGAUCGUCGAUCCACCGCAUCUCCUGCUGUCACAGAUUCCAAGGAAACAAUUCCCGGAGCUUUCCCAGGCGAUGAUAAUUCUAACAUUGUUGCCACACCUACUGGCGGUACUACUUUGAGUGAGCAAGCUGCCGCUGAUCCAUUUGCAACUACAAAAGAACCUGUACGUUCUGGUACCGCCAAGGACGACUUCGACGCAGCCUUUGCAGGAUUUGGUGGCUCUGGAAAGGCCCCAGAGCGCUCAACUACUGGAAACUCCGUGGAACCCGCUGCACCUGUAGCAGCUCAAUCUGGAUUUGGCCAGGAAUUUCCUCCCAUCUCGGAAUUGGAAAUUGAUGACGAAAGCGAUAGUGCUAGUGAGGAUGGGUUUGGUGGUGGUGGUUUUGAAGAUGACUUUAACCCAGCUUCUCCCGACCAAGUUAGGAAAGCCCCUGAGAGUCCUGUCCAAUCACAUGCUGCGGGUAGUACAACUGGAAGUGCAAAGGAAUUUUUAAGUGCACCAGCUCCCGCUCCUACUGCUGGCAGUGAUCCUCCAACUCCUAAUGCUCAAGCUUUGCCACCUGCUUACGAUAAGGCAGUUUCUUCGGCUGAUCAAGCACACUCAGAAGUUCAGCAAUAUUCUGGACUUCUUCCAUCUCGAGAAGUUCCAUCUCCUGAACAUUCUACGUCUUCUGCAGCGGCCGCUCCCCAGACUAGCUUUGGAGCCCCAACACAGCCAGCCCCGCCCGCCAAGGUCCCCUUCGAUGAUGACUUCGGUGACGACUUUGAUGAUCUCGAGGAUGCUAAAGAAGGUGAAGCAGAUGAUGAAUUUGCCAAUGCAGCUUCAUCUAUCCAUGAAUCGAGAAAUGGUUUAGAUGACUUCAACCCAAUGUUUGAUAGUCCACCAUCAUCUAAACAACAAGAUCAUUCUAGCAAUGCUUUUGGCGGUGACGGUUCUGGAUUUGGAGAUUUCACUGCGUCUCCAACACAACAAACUGCUGCGCCAGCUGCCGUAAACGACAAUCAUGAUUGGGAUGCAAUUUUCGCUGGUCUGGAUGGACCAAGUGCUGAAGGUAGUGGUUCUGGCAAGGGCAAUGGUAAUGGUAAUGGUACGGCCUCGAAAGAGACAGAACAUGCUGGACCAAUAUUAACUGGAGCAGCGGCUGAGAGACCACAAAUUGGAAGAGCAUUGACAGAAGGUGGUGAACAUGACGAUCCAAUUUUGAAAAAUCUUACAGGGAUGGGGUAUAAGCGAAAUGAUGCUUUGGCGGCAUUGGAGAAAUAUGAUUAUAAUUUGGAGAGGGCGGCCAACUAUUUGGCAGGUCAGUAG